AUGUGCCUAGAAGAGACGAAGUGCUCAGUGGUUCGCAGACAACAAUCCUUGUCACAGGAAGAUAUGACAGCGAGCAUCGAGAGGAAAGGAAAGCUCGAAUCUAGUGACGUGAUUUAAUGCACAUAGUAGUACAGUUGGAUAUUCGCCUUGUAAGAAUAGUUGUAGUCCAAAGAAAUAUAGGCACUUCUUGUUUUUGCCCUGUGAGCUUGUUUUGUUUUCAUUUUCGAUGAGUCAAAUGUUGCUUUGGAUGGAGUGCUCAGAAAAUAGAUUUACCUACAAUUCUCCUAAUGCGUGCUGCACGCUGUAAGGGAUUUCAAAGUGACGCUCGAAUAGUGUUUCGAUCUGCAUGCUCACUACUCGUUCAUGAAGAAGCAAAUCGCUUCUCACAUCGUUGAGCUUCGUUUUUCGUAUCACUUAGAGUCAGUAAAAACUCUUUGAAAUAAAUUUGAUUUUCUUUGCCUCAGGUCCGAUCUAAUACUAUCCACUUUCUCAUCUUAGUCUCAUACUUUUUUCUUUCCAUCGCGGAUUCUGUGUCUGCAGACUUCAGGAUGCGUCAGUUUGUGGGUGUCGUUUCCUUCGCUGCUGGCGCAGCGGCGAUGACGAGCUUGGAGCUGGCUCAGCAGAAUUUGAAGGAGAAUGACGCUAUCAUCGCUUUGAGCGAUGAGAAGAAGCAAGAUGAGAAUACUGAGAUCGCGUUUGAGAAGGCCUAUUCCGAGAUCUUGGCCUCUUUCAAUGUGGAUGACUACAAGCAACAAGCCGAACAGAUCUCGUUCCUCGCUGCUUCUCCGACAUUUACCUCUAAGAUGGCUGCGGCUCCGCACUGCAACUACGGUGUUUCUCCAGCUAAGGCUGCGACGGUGAAAGGCGCAGCCGCGUUUCCAGGUGGAAUCGUUGCACGCCUGUUUGGUGGCGACCUGUCUCAGUUGGUAUCGAAGCUGGCUCCGCAGGGACGUGGCACAGCGGAAGUUCUGGCGGGCCAGGGGCUUGCGACCGGUGCAGGUUUGAUCCAGAGUGCCAUGUCGACGUUGUUGAGCGUUGCGCCGCCGCUUAUUGGCGCACCCGCAUGGAUCAACCAGCCUUUGCCGUGUAUGCCUUUAGCUACCGCUUCCAACUGUGGAGGCAGUGUGCUUUACCCGAUCACGGCCGCUGACUUCGCUAUGGCUGACGUGACGGACCGACAGCUGGAUGGCACCAUUGCGGACUUUCCGCGCUUUUACCGUAAAACCGUCGGUAAGACCAGCGACGCCGCCUACAAAGCUUGCUUCGCAGCUUACAUGGGUAUGCAGUGCGCUUCCGUUUUUCCGCGAUGCGCCGUUCCGCUCGCUCGCGAGGAGCCGGGUCCGACUGGCCGAUUGCCUCUUUGCUUUACGUCGUGUCUUUUGACGAUGACUUCGUGUCCAGGUAUGUGGAUCUCCGAUAUGAAGGAUGAGUGCAGCAUGGUCUCCGCGCCUCCAGCAUGCUCCAUGGCUGUUUUCCAUAACCUGUCCAAGAUGCCUCCUCAGUACACGACCUUCGAAGAGUCCGUCGGCACCCAAAUGGAGUGCCCAACUGCUCCUGCUUGGCUCUCUGGCGACUCCGCUCUCACGGACGCGACAUUGUACUCUGCUGCAGGUGAAAAGAUCCCGACGUCCCCGUACGCUGCUGCGGCCAGCGCGAUGCCGCAUGCUUUGUAA